AUGGAAGAAAACAAAAAAAGAAAAGGCGAUAACUGUGGGAGCAACAUGAUAUACUGGAAAAAAUGGUGUGAUCGAGUAGCUACUACUAUUGAAAUACCUUCAACAUCAACUGUAGCAACAGAUCAUAUUUCACCAUCAAAGUCUGUUAUAGAAGCAGAAUCUGUUUCUGAUUCUAAAGACGAGUUGUAUUUGCAAAUCAUGUCUGAUGGAUACGUGUCUGGAUCUGACAAACAAAAGAAAAAGGACGAGAAAGAAGAAGCAUUAAAAAAGAUGAAGGGUUCCAUACUAAAAUAUAUAAAUAAUGAUGAUAAGCCCAACAAUGACACAACUGAAAUGCAAUGGAAGGAUUACUUUGCAUGA